UCAAGAGAAUUCUAAGGUAUUCCCUGCUGUACUACCAAAUGUAUCAGCGGGCUAUGUUAAACAGGGAAAAAGUAAAGCUCCAGUUUAUGUUUCGUCUCAGCAACCUCAAAUUACUUCACCAGUUGCUCAACGUAGUAUUUAUUCACCAACUAAUUCAUAUCCAGUGCACCAAGCGACGCUUACGAAUCACCCUUCACACCCUCCUGCAGUUGAACCAUCUAAUGCUUCACCUUAUUCUAAUAAUGCACGGGCUCCUACAAGGCCAUACUCUGAAGAAGAACUUAACUGGUUGUAUAGAAUGAAUCAACAAAUUGACGAACAGCAGAUAAGAAGUCAAAAUUCUUCCCAGCAGCCUUAUGUAUCAUCACCAAAUUCAGCAAUACUAGUAUCGCCUGGAUAUAAUGGAUCCAACCUUGCAUCGAGUAACAAUCCAACACAAUACCUCACUACAAGUCCUAAUUCAGACCAUAGUUCUCGUUCACCUUCUGCUAAUGAUGGGUUGUAUAUUACAGGUAUACCAAAACCUAGACAAGCUAAUAAUCGCGCUUAUUCGUCAACAAACAAGAUGAGACCGCUUUCUGUUGAGGAUAAUACGAUAGAUAAGUAUUAUCAAGAUGAAUCUGUACUAGCCACGUCCGCGCCGGCAAAUCACCCUAAAAUCUCGUCAUUUAGUGAUCAGCAGAAUUCACCCCAAGCUGAACAUGAACCAAGGACUAUUUAUCGUAAUCAUCAUAACCAGGACAGUUCUAUAUCGAGCAUACCUGAUGAACGUACAUCUAGUUCAAAUAGGUCAUCAGCGACUAGCGUCGAUCCACUGACACCAGCAUCUGAUAUUAAUAGUCCUGCUUAUCAAGACAGACUGAUUUCUGAAGAAGACCAAGAAUUUUUAUUGGAGGAUGUAACUAAUGCUUAUUUCAAAGAGUCGGAUAAUAGUGAAUCAGAUUAUGAUGGUGAAGUAGCUUCAGGUGAAGACUAUUUAUCAACAACUGAUGAUGAUGAUGAAUUUGGAUGGAAAAUUAAACCAGCUUAUCAAUACGACAAAACUUCAAUCAAAUCCUCUCAAAAUGCUACACCGACUUCACCUGAGAUGCCAACGAUUAUUCCAAGUAGAUCCAAUACGAAAGAAAUUGAGCAUCAACAACAUAAAUCACCAUCAUUAGAUACUGUUAAAGAUUAUAAUACUCAUGAUAGUACCAGUGAAGAUGAAGGACAAGCAACAUGGCAACUGCCUCCGAAGAUAAUUUCAGAUAAACUUCAUGAAUCUAAUAUUAAUAACUCUAAGCAGGAAAAAAGGAAAUUACAGCUUAUUAUACCAGAAAGUAAUGUCCUUACAUCUGAACCUCAAACUACCAUAACGACUACGACAUCAGCUUCAGAUUCAGGUUCACCUGCUCAGCACCAAUUACGUUCACAUAAACUAUCACCAAACUUACUAAGUAGGAGGAAACUACAUAGAGGUUCCAGUAUACGUGAUAAGAGAAAUGAAAAUGCACUUUUUAGACCUAAUCCGGAGGACUUGAUUGACAAUUUGGAGUUGUAUUUCCCUGGGCAUGAUUUAGAUAGACCCAUAGUGUCAAAUGAUGGUACUGAUGAGGCGACACCUGAUAACAAAGUAUCGUCACCCUCUAAUGAAGCGGUUCAUACUAAUACGAAUGAUACUGAUAAUUUCAAUAAUGAAACAGAACAACUUAAUACAAGAGUCAGAAGGACACGAACGAUAAGACAUGUUGCUCAAGAUCAUCGGAAAGCUUUGGACAGGGCAAGGUCAUUUAAAGUUGGCGAUGAUGCUUCGUAUCAAUCGAAAGAGCGCUCUUCUGUUAUCUAUGAAGAACCAUCAGAGUUGACAAGGGAAGAUACAAUACCAGACACAGAUAGUCAGAAUCUGGAACAGCAAGUACGUUCAAUGAGUCAAUCUAAUUUGCGGAAAUCACCUGUUAUUGAUGAUAGAGCUGGAUUAAAACGUCGCUCAACUGUAUUCUGGGGCAAUAAAGUAGUGCAAGUUCAACCAAAUGAAAGAGAAAGGCAAGAGCAAAUACUAUCUCCAGUAACUAAUGAACCUUCAACAAUUAAAUGGGUCAAAGGUGAUUUAAUUGGUAAAGGAUCAUUUGGUCACGUCUAUUUAGCACUCAAUGCAAAUACGGGAGAGCCUUUAGCUGUAAAACAGAUCGCUCUUACUGCUCACUCAGAUGAAGAUAAUGAUGGCGAUGACAAGCUAGUUGACAGUAUUAAAUAUGAGAUUGAAUUACUUAAAGAUUUAGAUCACGAUCGCAUUGUCAGCUAUCUCGGGUUUGAAAGAACUGAUAAAUUCUUUUCAAUAUUUCUUGAAUAUGUUCCAGGUGGUUCAGUUAUGCGCUGUUUAAGAAGACAUGGUCCGUUUGAGGAAGAUUUAGUCAGGUUUUUCAUGAGACAAGUUCUUGAUGGUUUAGUAUACCUUCAUGACAGAGGCGUAUGGCAUAGAGAUCUAAAAGCAGAUAAUUUACUGGUUGAUUUCGAAGGAAAUUGCAAAAUAUCAGACUUUGGUGUAUCAAAAGCAGCAGACUCUGAUGCAUACGGUACAAAUGCUGGAGCUACUAACAUGAAAGGAACGUUCUAUUGGAUGGCUCCUGAGGUGAUUGAUUCGGUAGGAAUGGCUGGUUAUUCAGCCAAAUGCGACAUUUGGAGUUUAGGUUGUGUACUUUUAGAGAUGCUCACAGCUGAAAGACCAUGGCCUAAGAUGACAAUGGUUCAGAUAGUCAUGGAGGUCGGUCAAAAACGUUCUGCACCACCUGUGAAAGAAGGCAUAGAAAUGAGUCAAGAUGCUAUCGCAUUUAAGAAUGCUUGCUUUAAAGCCGAACCGAGAGAAAGACCAACUGCAUCACAAUUAGCCGAUGACAAGUUUUUAACUAUAGAUAAGGAGUGGAAUUUCAAAGAUAGCAGACUAGGCCAAACUAUAAGAUCAACCAAUAGACUACAUUCUUCAUAAUUACUUCUUUUUCUAUAUUGUAAUAAUGUGCUUGUAUUAAGUUUCAGUCCGUACAUUAGC